AUGAAGGAAACUAAGGUUCAGAAUACAAUAGCAGGUGCUAAGGGGAUUACAUUUUCCGGGGAUACUUUCGUAGUUCCUGAAACUCACGAUAUGGUGAAAACGCUAUUUGAUCCAAUGGUCAGAAAAUCUUAUUGUGAAAUGAUCAUAUUGUUGAUAUUAGCCGCCAAUGGAUUGGUGUUUUGGUUAAUUAACAACAACACGCUUAGAAUUGAAACCUUUAUUGGCUUGUACAUCUUCUGGAGACUUUCUUACAAUUUUGGAAUUGGGUAUUUGCUUAACGUGCAAUCUAAUCACCACAGACUCGUGAAAUGGGCGAGAAAGGCUCAGGUAUUCAAAAAAAAUGGUUCUUUGGUGUCUAGAUUAGCGGAAAAGGAGAUCAAGUCUCAAAUGGGUCCAGAAUAUGAUGUACAAAAAUAUCCAAUUGAGUUCAAUACUUGGCUCUUGUUCCGUAAGGUGGUAGAUUUGAUCUUGAUGCUGGACUUCACCACUUUUAUUUGUCUUGUUGUCGUAUGUGCCAUUAACAAAGACUACCAAUUUAUCAAUUCUGAUCAACAAGAAGUAUGGUUAAUCUCUACGAGAUUAAUUCUUGGGACAGUUUUGAUAUUAUUUAAUUUGUGGGUUAAAGUUAAUGCUCAUAAUACUAUUAAAGAUUACGCUUGGUAUUGGGGAGACUUUUUCUUUCGUCAAAUCAAUAAUGAAGAUUUGAUAUUUGAUGGUGUUUUCGAAAUGGUUCCUCACCCAAUGUAUUCUGUUGGUUAUGUAGGAUACUACGGGUUUGCAAUUAUCUCGAAAUCAUAUACGAUUUUGACGGUUGCAAUCUUCGGCCACUUUUUGCAAAUGAUUUUUUUGCAUUAUAUUGAAAACCCCCACAUUGAUAAGAUUUAUGGUCCAUCUGGAAAUGAAGCAGAUAUUGAAAUGCUUUUAAAAUUAAAGGAUUUAAGACAUUUCGAUAAUAUAAAACCUUUGGUUGGAUUAUUGAACUUCACUUGGUUGAGGGCUUCCGACAUGACCAAUUUGAUCAUGGUUGGUACAUAUAGUUUUACAAUUCCUUAUCUUGCUUCAUUGGUCGAUACCGUUAGGGUUGGCGAAACUGGCGUAAACCCAGGAACCAUAUUAUUUAUAUUGACGAUUGUAAUCAAAGUGUUUGAGUCGUUGUCAAUUAACAUUUUGCUUAUCUUACAAAGUUACUAUAAGACCUUUACAAAGUGGUACCUUUCAAAUGAUAUAUCCGUGGAGAAGACUUUGAAUAACUGGUCUAUAAUGUACAAUUCUUUAAUCAGUUUGACAUAUUCCUCCUUCUUUGGUUUAAACUUUUACCAUGUUCUUAUAGGUUUAGAAUCCGACAAGCUUUUCAUCAAUAGCUGGGUUUACUUGCGUAUAUUCCUUGGUAUUCUAUUAGUAUUUACUCAGGUCUGGAUUAAUUCUUCAAUUAUAGACCUGAUUGGCUAUUUCGGGUGGUUCUAUGGUGAUUUCUUUAUUCCAAAGACAUCACAACAGAAGGCACAUUUAACUAAGGCCGGUGUUUACCGUUACUUAAACAAUCCAGAGCAAAUAUUUGGUGUAUGCGGUAUUAUGGGUGUUACCUUAAUUAUUCCAUCUUUAGAAAACUUGAUAUGUUGUGUGUUAUGGGUUACUAAUAACUUCAUUAGAAUUAAUUUCAUUGAAAAAGCACAUAUGAUUAAGAUUUAUGGUGAAAGAGAGGUUAUGAAAGAUUCCGGUGUGACUAAAACCUUCAAGAAACAUUUGAUUCCUGGUGCUAUUCAAAGAAGGUUAAGUAAGGGAUCAGAAGAUAACUCUGAUUUACUUAACCAACAUAGGAGAAAGAGUACUAUUAUGGCAGGUGCAACGGAUUCUUUAGAUAAUUUCAUUAAGGAGUUGAAGAAUACUAAUACCCGUUUGACAAAGCAGAAUAUUCUUGAAUUAUCGCAAAACUUGUACUUUGAAAACUCAGAUUACAAACUUGUCAUUAAGAAUUUGAAUACUACCGAGAAUAAUUUGUCUACUGCAUUCAUUGGUGAACCCAUUGAAGUUGAGUGGAAGGCUCCAGAGAAUCAUUCUCCAAAAGAUUGGAUUGGAUUGUAUAAAACGGUUCAAACUACAUAUUCUCGUUAUAAAACAUUAAUUUCAUCUUCAGACCGUUGGACGCAAGUAACCUCGGAUUCGGGCUCAUAUGUAUUCGAAGGUGAAAAAUUAUUCUGGGAAGAAGGUAUUUAUGAAUUUAGAUACCAUUUAGAUGGUAAGCAUGAUGUUGCCUAUAUUUCAGAGCCAUUUGAACUUACUUCAGCUAACAUUGAAGUUCCUCCCUCAACUGAAGGUAGUAUUGUGUUAGCUAAUGAAUUAAAAGCAAAGGUUUUUGAUAGAGCUAUAGUCGGGUUUGGCUCUAUUGAUUCGCCAAUUGAUUCAGCUGUUCAAAAAUCUGGUAGCAUUAUUCAAACCUACAAUCGCUUAGCAUAUGUCAUUUCAAAAUCUACUGGUAUUCACAUCAAUGCUAAGGUUUUCCUUUAUGCGGAUAAUGAAGAUGAAUUAACAGUGCAUAAGUUAAGUUUGAAGCUUAUUAAUAUUAGAAAAGUAUUGGACGAUUUGUCCCAUGCCCACUAUCCUUUAAGCGAAGAAAAGAAAGAAGAAUAA